CCGCCUGAAGCAGCAGCCUAACCAGAACCACAUUUCAAUUUUCAGAUCCAUCCACCUUGCCUCUUUUCAUCCCACCUCCGCCGCACCCACAAUCGUAGUUCUCUAAAAGCUAGGGUUUCUAUCUAGGGAACAGUGUCGUCCUAGGGACUGUCUAGUUGCUUGUCCCGCUAACGAGCCUUCGAUUCGAACACCAAGUAGCCAUGUCGCGGCCAUACAGUCCCGAGCGGGGUUACAGCCCGGAGCCGCGUCGAGGGCCCGGCGGGCGAGGUCCCCCGCCGGACAGAGACAGGAGCCGCAGCCCGCCGCCGUACAGACGGGGACCGCCGCCGCGGAAAGAGCGCGUCAGCCUGCUCGUCAGGAACAUUCCGAGAGAUACCAGGCCAGAGGAUCUGCGCGUGCCUUUUGAGCGCUACGGACCGAUUAAGGAUGUCUACCUUCCGAAGGACUACCAUACAGGGGAACCACGAGGCUUCGGAUUUGUGCAGUUCGUGAACAUGGCGGACGCGGAGGACGCGCAGUACGAGCUGGACCGCACCAACUUCAACGGCCGGGAGAUCACGGUGGUUUUCGCGGAGGAGAAUCGCAAGAAGCCCGACGAGAUGCGCACGCGCGAGCGGUACAGCGACCGGGACCGGCCAUCAUACGGAAGACGUCGGGGCUAUUCGCGGUCGCGUUCUCGCUCGCCUCCCGGUCGUCGCUCCUCGUACUCGCCUCCUCCCCGCCGUCGCUCUCGCUCUCCUCCCCCCCGCCGCAGCGGCCCUCCCCGCAGGUCCCCCAGCUGCUCCAAUGACGACCGCAGCUACAGCCGCUCGCCCUCUCCCCGCGGCCCGUGCGCGCUCCCCGCCCCGCGGCCCACCUUCCAGGGGCCCAGCUGGCAGUGGAGGGGCAGGUGGGGUAGGCAGACCUGCCAGGGAGGACUAGAUGACAGGGACGGUUGACCGAGUCAGUGCGGGUGGUCAGUGCACUUUAUCCACUGUUGGGACUGGAAAUCUAGGGAGAUGUGGAGAUUGUAUGUGAGGGUUGCAAAUAGUUCUGUGCAAUGUUUGUGUCGGCUGAGGUUGCAUAAAUGAGUUAGCUUUUGUGAGAAGAGGAGAACACUUGUUGGUGUGGUGGGGAUGCAGCAAUCAGAAU